CCCGUCCUCCUCCCCCUCUCCGCUCCUCGGUUUCACCUCUGCUCCCCUUGCCAUGUCUUCGCUCAAGUGCGCCAAAAUUCAUCUCCUCUUAGGAUAUGCCCAAUUAUUCUCUGCCUGAUCGAUUAGUUGAUUGUUCUGAAUUCUGAUAUCUGUUCAGAAAAGAUUGGUCUUUGGAGAUCUGUUCUGUGCAGCUCCAAUAUCUUUUUUCCUAAUCCUUUCUUGUUCGUUGCGAUCCGCAGGAGACGGUUGUCGCGUAGUAUGUCAAAGAUCCCAUCUUUUCAUCCCUCUUCCCCCUGCCUUUCUGCUAGCACUUGAUCUUUCCUAGUUCCUCUUUGAUAUCAGUGAUUUCUCUGUGGCCUGUUGUUCUUACGGAAUAGUGAUUGAAUUUGAAUAUGGAUUGAUUGCUCCUUGGUGGUGGUGAGUGGUGUCAAGAUGAAAAUGUCUCUGUUCCUAGUGCUGCUCAUUACAUUCUUAUCUGCAAUCGGCACCCUUCCAUCAGAAGCGUUCAAUGUGAGAGGCCCCCUACUGAAAUCCAAGACGUUCCUGUCUCCACCCUUCUCCCUGCGCCCCGGCUCGGUCUCAAACAAAUGGAACUUUGACAUCGAGUUCCCCAGAGGUCACCUGGCGCUCAAGAGCUUCAAUGGCGAGGUCAUCGAUGAGCACGGUGUCCCUGUCCCUCUCCAUGAGACCUACCUGCACCAUUGGGUUGUGGAACCAUACUACGCUCCCAAGAACGAUGCCAUCGCCGAUGUGCAGAAGCUUCCAAAGAUGAUCCUGGCAAGGAACUCCGGUGUGUGCAAUCACACAUUGGGACAGUACUAUGGGCUGGGGUCCGAGACCCGGCACACCGCCACUUGGGUCCCUGAUCCUUAUGGAAUUGAGAUUGGCAACCCGGAGAGCCCCCCUGAGGGUUAUGAGGAGAAAUGGUUGCUAAAUGUCCACGCCAUUGACACGAGGGGUGUGACCGACAAGCUGGGGUGCACCGAGUGCAAGUGUGAUCUGUACAAUGUCACGGUCGAUGAGUACGGUCGUGACAUCGUGAAGGACUACACCGGUGGCCUGCGCUGCUGCUAUGAUCAGACCCAGUGCAAGGUGAGGGAAGGGUUCAAUGGUGAGGCGAGGAAGCUGUUCUUGCGGUACACGGUGAUGUGGCUCGACUGGAGCGAUGCGGUUGUGCCGGUGAGGAUCUACAUUUUCGAUGCCACUGACAGAGCUCUGCUUGAGGGAAAAUCUGAACCUGCUUGCAAGGUUGAGUAUCAAGUCGAGGAAUGCAGCUCAGAAAACCGUGCCCAGAACGAUUGCGUCGAUGUUAAGGUGGCCAAACAAGUGUUACCGCGUGGAGGCGAUAUCGUGUUCGGCGUUGCACACCAGCAUUCAGGUGGCAUCGGUGCUUCUUUGCACGGCGAGGACGGACGUCUGCUGUGCGCGUCGAUGACAACCUACGGCGAGGGGCGGGAGGCCGGGAACGAGGCGGGAUACAUCGUCGGCAUGUCGACGUGCUACCCGAAGCCGGGUACCGUGCAGGUGCUCGACGGCGAGGUGCUGACCGUCGUCUCCAACUACAGCAGCGAGCGCCAGCACACCGGCGUCAUGGGGCUGUUCUACAUCCUCGUGGCCGAGCAUGAGCAGGAGCCGGUUGCCAACAAGCCGGCCCUGUGCUUCAGCUUCCCGGUCUCAUGGUGCCUACCGGCAUGGAUGUCGAGCAACCUGUGAAAGAGUCUACUAUAGUGUCCUUACGGAUACAGUGCAAGAGAUGCAUGAAGAAGCAGAAUGAAACAUCAGUCAUCAGUGAUCACUGAGUUGUAGUUUGUGCUGUUUCAGUGAACCAUCAGCCUCUGAUGGCCUGCAGUACUAGUAUAUGAAUCUGGGUUUUUCAGUAUCAAUACCAAGAGAAGUGUUCUCCAAAUAAUUCCCCUUUCAUGGAAGCUAGUGUAAGUGAGAACCAGAUGUACAAUCCCUUGUACAAAAUAUAUAGUGAGAUUAUACAUGUCCUAGCAAUAUAUGUGUACGCAUAGUAUUGGCUCU